AUGUCCGCAAGGGCUUGGCCCGCACACCGAGGAAACGCGAAACAGAAGGAUCGCGAUGCUCACUGGAGUCGUGCGGGACGACGAACUAAAAGCAACCACAAACAGGACGCCGAAUCGACAGGGACCGAGCCGAGCUCGAGACCAGAGAGAAGUUCCACGUCGGACGAAACACACGGGAAUGCAGCCGAUUGGGCGUCAGAAAGUUGGACAGCCGACCAAUGGCCGGAGUCUGAAGGGUGGAAUGCAGACGAAUGGCCAGCAAAAGAGUGGCCCUCUGCAGUGCCGUGGCCGCCGCAGGACCCUGCAUGGUGGGCGGACCUUGCUUCACAGCUCCCAGCUGCGUGGGGAACUGGCGCCAUUUCUUCUGCAAGGGUCAAGGGCCUUGAAGCCAUUCUUACGCCGUACCCGGACGUGCAGGCUCCUGGCAGUGCAAACCUGCAUGGAGAGUUUGAUGCCUUAGGUUUGCGGCCGGAUUUACCUGUUGGUCCGGACAUGUUUGCAGAUCCAUCCGGCGUGCCAUGGGCCAAUUAUGAUGGGUCACGAAAGCUGGUUGGCCGGCAGUGGGUCCUCGCCGAAGAGAGGCUCCCCUGUGAAACAUCACCAACAGAUGAGUUCCUUAGCGCAGAAGCGCUGCUUGGACGUUGGGUUGACUCCCAGGGCCAUAACAUCCAUGUCUUAUCCACGGACGCGUUCAACGUGAGGUUGCUCGCAACGCUGUCCAAAAGCAUGUGCGCAGACAAGCACUUGGCAUUGAAGCCCAUCAGGCUAGGCGGUGGGUGGCAGUGUGGGCACUCCAUUUUGGACCCUUCUUGGAGCACAGCUGCGCAGCUACAUUGGGUUGCAGGCGAUGGCCAUGUGACAGUGUGGGUUCGCCGACAGGCGAAGGCGGAGAAGGAGAAGCUUCAGGAUGUCGCCACCCCAAGUUCCCGGCAGGAGGGCCAGGCCACCGAGGAGGCGCCCUCCUAG